AUGCCGGGGCCCACGCUCUUUCUGCUACUGGUGUUGCCACCUCCGCUGCUGAGCUUGGGGAGCUUCCAGCACAGUGGUCCAGGCUGGAAAGACCUCCACCACCUUGGUUUGGACUGGGGGAAGCUCUAUCGCCACCUCAUCCAGAACUCGGAAAGCUUCCAGCACCUCCAGGGCCCCCGCACCUGGCACCGGAAAGGCCGGUCAGGAGAAGACAAGAAUUCCUGCCAGAGCUCAUUUGAUCUCUACUUCAUCUUGGACAUGUCAGGAAGUGUGAACAACAACUGGAUGAACAUUUAUUCCUUUGUGGAGGAUUUGGUCAAGAAGUUUGAAAACCCUAACCUGCGGAUGUCCUUCAUCACCUUCUCCACAGAGGGUCACACCGUCAUGAAGCUUACUUCAGACAGGUUCUGGUGUCAGGGUGGCCCCUCCCAGGAGGAGGAGGUGUGGGAGCAGCACUGUGGGCCUGGCGGCCUGAGGCAGGCUGACAAGGCUCGGAAAAUGGGAGCGACAGUAUACUGCGUGGGGGUAAAAAACUUUCAGGAAAAUCAGUUAAUGGAAAUUGCAGACAGCCCAUAUCACGUGUUUGCAGUGGACCACGGAUUCAAGGCUCUUAAAAACAUCGUUGAUCCACUCGAAAGUAAGUCCUGUAUUGAAAUUACUUCUGUGGAGCCUUCCGAUAUCUGUGUAGGAGAUGAAAAAGCCAACUCUGUGAAAGAUACCAGUAUGAUAUGCCCAGGAAUAAAGAUAGAGAAUCCAGAUGAGACUUUCUCCCUUGAAAUUAGCCUGAACAAUGGUAUCAGCUUCAUCAACAAUGAUGUUAGCCUCACCAGCAAGGACUGUGCGAGUGCCAGGGCAAGGGGGCCAGCUGAAGCAACAUCUACCCCACCAGCUCCCUCACCAACUGCCCAGCCACCUCCAGAGACACCACCCAAACCGCCCGCACCCCCCGCACAAGUCAUCCCCUAUGUCAACCCUCUCUACUUCUUUGCACUCAUCCCAGCCCUGCUCCUACUGUCUCUGAUGUUCUGGUGCAUCUGGUGGCUCUGCCACAGGAGGACCGUCAAGGAGCCACCACCAGUGCUGAAUCCAGAAAGGGAGCCAGAGGAGACAUGCCAAAUGCCAUGCCCCACAGUGAUUGUUCCUUGUGGGUGCCAAGGAGGGGGAAUGAAACGAAUGGAGGUGAGAAGGGCCCUCGGGGAGGAGUAA